AUGGGGUUGAAACUACCUUUCAUGAAUGUUGGUGAAUUGAUAGAGAUAGUGGUAGGUGGUGGCGUUGAACGCGGUGGUCUUUUUCUCUCCAAGGUGUUCCAUAAGUCAUGUAUUGAAGUGAAUGAGGAAGGCACAAAAGCUGCUGCUAGUGUUGCAUCCACAUACAGGCUUGUCAGUUUGAGAAUUCCAACUCCAAUUUUUGUAGCUGAUCACCCUUUUAUGUUCAUGGUAAGGGAGGAGACUUCAGGGGCUGUUUUGUUCACUGGUGUUGUGCUCAAUCCUCUCUUAGUUGCUUGA